GUCGAACAGGAGCCAACACCACGGCAUGGGCAUGGCUCUUUGCGCCUCCCCCUCCCUUCUCACUUCCAUUCCUAUGGUGUUUCCCGCCAAAAUCCCAAGCUCCUCCAAUGUAUCUAUCCUACGCACCUCCCGCGUCAUCCUACACCUUUGUCCUUCAACGCCGCCUCGCUCUCUUCCGAUACCUCCCAGGGCAGCACCGCCUCAGAAAUACGUCUAUCCUGAUCCAAUCCCCGAAUUCGCAGCAUCCGAAACUCAGAAGUUCAGAGAUGAAUUGGUGAAGAAGCUAUCGGAGGAGAGGGAAACAUUUGGGGAUGAUCUCGAAGCAGUCGUAGAGGUUUGUGCUAAGCCACAGAUACUCGAUGAGUUCCUGCAGAAAGAGUAUGGAGGACCUGGGACAUUAUUGGUGGAGCCUUUUACGGAUAUGUUUGUUGCCCUCAAGGGGAAGAAACUUCCCGGCGCUUCAUUUGCUGCUCGGGCAUCUCUAUUAUGGGCUCAAAAUUUUGUCGAUCAGGACUGGGAGACUUGGAAUCGAAACAAUCACCAGAGUAAACACCCCUAA